GAUCUUUCACACAGAAUAGUGUUAGCCUGGUUAUCCUACAUCCCCACUCGUUUAUCAGACGACACUUGUUCAGAUCGGCUACUAAAGUUAAGGACCGCAUCUCAUAUUACCGUUUAGCUGUCCUAGAUCGAAUAUCUAGACACUCGGCGGACACAAAUCAAUCGAAGAGGUCACUGGUUUACCCCCACCUUGAACUAGUUGACAGUUUCCCCUCAUCAACCAUGGCAACCAUCUCCGACGUGCAGAUCGAAGUCAUCUCGCAGCCCGAAGACUUCACUCAAGUCGCCGAGGUCGUCAGUAAUGCCUUCGGCCACCAGGUCCACGAUGGCGUCUUCAUAUCCAUGAACCCCGGCUGGGACACCCCCGAAGGCCAGGCCAAGCAAGCCUCGUCCAUGGCUAAGCGGUACGGCUCCGUAACCAAGAACAACAAGGGCGAGCCGAACACCAUCUUCCUCAAGGCCACCCUCCUGGACCCCGAUCAGUCCGGCCAGCGUGUAAUCGCAGGCAUGGCUAUCUGGGUGCAGUUGUCUGCCGUUGAUGGCCACGGCGACCCGCUCCCGAAGGACCUGAUCAAGGAGCUCAACCUCGAGGCCGUCUUCCCUGGUGAUGAAGCCGAGCAGCGCUAUGCCGCGGCGUGCAUGGGGUCUCUGCACAAACGUCGGGAGGAGGUCGUCCGCGAGAAGGCGACCUCGGACAAGCCGGCGGCUUUCGUGCUGGAAAUGUGUGCCGUGGAUCCCAAGUUCCAGGGAAAGGGGAUCGCCAAGAAGCUGGUGCAGUGGGGUCUCGAGGAGGCCAGGCGACGUGGGGAGCUGGAACUGCUACUCGAGGCGUCAACCAUGGGCAGACAUGUGUACUCGAAGCUGGGAUUCAAGCAGGACGGCCCAGAAAUCGAGUAUGAGGUCGAUGAACAAUUUGCGCACCGCGACAGGCCGUCGAAUAUCUUCAUGCGUACGGGCGAGGUGCAGUAAGAUCAUCUGCUUGCAAUCAUAGACGUCUCUCAAUGUGUCGAACUAUAGAGCAGCAUAGCGAACAUCAAUUAGCAUAGAUGCGCAAAGCAAGGGU